AUGCUUUCAUCUCUUCUCUCUAUAAAGACAUCUAUGAAGCCAUCUCUUCUCUCCAUAAAGACAACCAUGAAGCCAUCUCUUCUCUGUAUAAAGACAUCUAUGAAGCCAUCUCUUCUCUCUAUAAAGACAUCUAUGAAGCCAUCUCUUCUCUAUAAGACAUCUAUGAAUCCAUCUCUUCUCUAUAAAAACAUCUAUGAAGCCAUCUCUUCUCUCUAUAAAGACAACUAUGAAGCCAUCUCUUCUCUCCAUAAAGACAUCUAUGAAGCCAUCUUCUCUACAUCUAUGAAACCAUCUCUUCUCUCUAUAAAGACAUCUAUAAAGCCAUCUCUUCUCUCUAUAAAGACAUCUAUGAAGCCAUCUCUUCUCUCUAUAAAGACAUCUAUGAAGCCAUCUCUUCUCUCUAUAAAGCCCAUCUCUUCUCUCUAUAAAUACAACUAUGAAGCCAUCUCUUCUCUAUAA